AUGGCCAGCACAUACUCUCUCCCCCCUCUCCCUUAUGCCUACGAUGCCCUCGAGCCCAGCAUCUCCAAGCAAAUCAUGGAGCUGCACCACUCCAAGCACCACCAGGCCUACGUGACCAACCUCAACGCCGCGCUCAAGUCGUACGACGGCGCCGACGUCGCCGGCCAGAUCGCCCUGCAGCAGGCCAUCAAGUUCAACGGCGGCGGCCACAUCAACCACUCCCUCUUCUGGGAGAACCUGGCGCCCACCGGCCAGCCCGAGACCGACUUCGCCUCCGCCGCGCCCAAGCUGGCCGCCGAAGUCGCCAAGACCUGGGGAUCCGUCGACGACUUUAAAAAGGCGUUUGCGGCGGCGCUGCUGGGCCUGCAGGGCAGCGGCUGGGGAUGGCUCGUCAAGGACGCGACGCAUGGGCUGAGAAUCAUCACGACAAAGGACCAGGAUCCGGUGGUGGGCGCCGAGAUUCCGGUCUUCGGCGUGGACAUGUGGGAGCACGCCUACUACCUGCAGUAUCUCAACGGCAAGGCUGCGUACAUUGAAAACAUCUGGAAAGUCAUCAACUGGAAGACAGCUGAGCGUCGCUUCGUCGGCGGUCGCGAAGACGUCUUCAAAGCUCUCAAAGCCUCGAUUUAA